AUGGCUCCGGUUAUGUCCAUUUUCUACCAGGCCGUCCUCUUCGCCUUCGUGACGGUCUCUCGUGCAGACUCUGCCAUGUUCUCCCAGUUCAUCGGUGCAACUGCGGUCCCUGCGACAUUCACCGGCGAUUUGGCGGCAUCAGCAACAAUAUGCACAAACUACCUCCACGGAAUACCAGAAACCUCAGGUCUCCCUGCCAGUGCAGCCAGCCAGGUAUUCCAGCAAGAGGUAGACGGAGACAGACAAGAAUCGACGAGUGUUGUGGCCAGGCAAGUUCGAGUGCGUGCUUCGCUAGUUUUGGAGGAAAUGCACAGGCUGUGA